UCCACUCCAAACAUCAGAGAGAAAACCUUCCUUUCUCCCUCACUCAUCUCCUUUAUGAUCUCCCUCUUUCCUUUCAUCCACCUUUCUUCUUUCUCCCCCUCCCUUUAAAAUCUUCCCUCCGUCCCAUCUCCAUUUGUUCUCCUUCCUUUUCCAUCUCCUCCCCCGGCUCGGCUAAUCGCCCCUGGCGGCGGAGGGAGAGCCAGAGCGGUGCUGAGGCUCGUCCGCCUCCAGAUGUGGGACUACAUGGGCGUCUGUGCGGUGAGUCAACCGCAGUGAAAUGUGAGCCUGCCCCGGCCUGGCUGCCUGUAUUUUGGGAUGUUUUACACGGGGCCAGACAAAGACACGUUUCCAGGCGGGAGCCCAGCCUGAGCAGAUGUUUCUGCUCCGUGAAAAGCAGAAGAAGAAGAAGAAGGAGAAGAAGAAGAAGAAGAAGAGAGGAAGAGGAGAAGGAGCGACAUAGUUCUGCAGAGGAAGGCGCAGAUAGACGAUAUGGCUGAAGAUGUCCAUGGAUUCUGAUAACUCCUGUGUUCUGUUGUCUUCACGAGACUCCAGGACUUCCUGCAUCUUCCAGACCGCUGAUGAGAAAGAUGAAAUCCCGGGAGUGGGAGAGGAGAGCGUUCUGGAGAUGCUGAGUUAUUCCAAGUUCACUAACUUGGAGACAUGGCUCUGCAUGCCGUCUUCUCUGCUGCUGCCCAGGACUCUGGACUUCAUCCACUUGUCCUCCUCUUCCUCCAACCUGUCCUCCUCACAUGCAUCCAACCACUCAUCCAACUCUCCUCCGAUGUCAUCCUCAUCCUCCCCAGCCUCCAACUCUCGUCGCUCCACCUGCAGUGAGCCAGCAGAGAUCGACAGGUCAGCAGAGGGAGAGUCCACCUUCCUCAUGCCUCCUCUGGGGAGGGGGGUGUUUCAGUCCACUCCCCACCUGCCCUUCUUCUCCUCCACACCGGCCGCUGCUACACCGGCAGGAGACUCCGCCUCUCAGAGCAGUGGCGGCGUCAGGAAGCGACGUCGACUGGCAGCCAGUCCUGGAGGACUCCACUGGAAUUCUGCAGGUUCGGUCCAGCGGGACUUCUGGUCACCUGAUCGGUCUCCAGCAGCAGGAGGCGGAGCCAGAGGAGCAGGUGAGGGUGUUAAGAGGCUGCCACUGAGUGAAGUGGGUGGAGCAACACCCGUGUGGACCAGCGACCGGCAGGUGCUGAGGAAAAGCGUCUCAGCCGACGAGCAGCACCGCCUGAAGCUGCUGAGCCGGCUGGAGAGAGGCCGGAGGAAGCUGCGCAACAUCCACAGCCUGGGAACCACCGGACGCUACGACGGCAGCAAGAAGUCCGACAGUAAGAUCUACCGACUGGCCCAGAGGUGGAACCAGAGACCAGCCGGAGAUGGUCUGAUCCGAGACCUGAAGCCUUUCUAUUACUCGGGAAUCCCGCGAUCCUCACUCAGCCUGGACAGGUCCGACAGUAAGAUCUACCGACUGGCCCAGAGGUGGAACCAGAGACCAGCCGGAGAUGGUCUGAUCCGAGACCUGAAGCCUUUCUAUUACUCGGGAAUCCCGCGAUCCUCACUCAGCCUGGACAGACGCUUCCCAGGUGUUCUGACCCAGCAGAUGCAGAACCUGCAGCUGUCCCAGACCAGGAAGUGCCCCGGUGGGCCUGCCUCCCCGAGCGCCGCCAAGCGCCUCUACCGGAACUUGUCGGAGAAGCUGCGAGGAAGCACCUCCUCCUUCGAAGAUGCCUACUUCUUCGGAAAGACGGACCGUCUCCGCAAAACCUCGACAAUGCAGGGCAACGAGUGCAUCUUCGAGGCCGUGGAACAGCAAGACCUGGACACGGUGCAGAUCCUCCUCUACCAGUUCUCAGCGGAAGAACUGGACCUUAACACCCCCAACAGCCAGGGCCUCACGCCACUGGACAUCGCCAUCAUGACCAACAACACGCCCAUCGCCAAGCUGCUGCUGAAGGCCGGUGGGAAGGAGAGUCCGCACUUCGUGAGCGUGGAGAGUCGCGAGGCUCACCUGAGCUCUCUGGUGGUGGAGGCGGAGCGGCGGGCGGCCGACCUGGCGGCCCAGGCUCAGAAGGAUGGCUUGUCACUGGAGGCCUGCCACAAGGACAAGCAGCUGAGGGCCUGGGAGUGGAAGACCAAGCUGUACAAACGCAUGAGGAUGGGCUUCCAGCAGGCGCGUCCCCCGGAGGCCCCGUCCAUGGUUCGUCUGAGUGUGAGCAGCAGCACAACGCUGACCGUCACCUUCCAGGAGCCACAGUGUCUCAACUCCACCGUGGUGACCAAAUACCGAGUGGAGUGGAGCUGCCUGAAGGAUUUCUCGCUGCUUGCUGGUGAGAUGGUGUUGGAUAACCUUCAGAGCCACAAAUGCACCAUCAGCAGCCUCUCCACGGGUCGGCUCUACUACGUUCGAGUGUCAGCGUACAACAUGAAGGGCUGGGGUCCGCCCGCCUCCUCCCUCCCUCCAUCUGCUGCUCCAUCCAAUUGGAGGGAGAGUGACGGACGGGAGCCCAGGAGGCGGGGCCACAUCGAAGCCAUGGAGCGCCUCCUGCAGCAGGUCCGAGCGACGCACACACACUACUGCUGUGGAGACACGUCCAAGCUGCAGAACCCCAGCAGGAAGCAGUCCGUCUCCAGAAGCCUCAAACACCUCUUCGACUCCUCCAACAAGUUUGUGAAGACACUGAAAAGGGGGAUCUACCUGGCCGCCGUCUUCUACCACAGGGACAGUUUACUGGUGACGGCUGAGGACCAGAUCCCCAUCGUGGAGGUGGACGACUCCUACAGCAGCUCCCUCAUGCAGGACUUCCUCUGGUUCACCAAGCUGUCCUGUAUGUGGGAGGAUGUCCGGUGGCUGAGACAGAGCAUGUCCGUGUCCAUGUCGUCCUCGUCCACCCUGCAGGCCAGACACAAGAUGCUCACCGCCACGGGCCAGCUGCAGAACCUCCUGGGGACCCACAAUCUGGGUCGGGUCCACUACGAACCCAUCAAGGAUCGCCAUGGCAACGUGCUGCUGGUGACGAUCCGCGACACGGAGAGCCAGCAUUCGCUGUUCAGCGGGAAGUGGAUGCAGGUGACCAAACUGCAGAGUCAGAAGAAAUCUCUCUCCACACCUGAGGAGCCCUAUGCCCUGGACAUCCUCAUCAUCACCAUACAGGACAUUCUGGCAUACCAGCGGCGCAGCAACCACCACCUGGCCCCUGGCCUCUACCUGGGCUACCUGAAGCUCAGCAGCUCCGUGGACCAGAUCAGAGUCCUGGUGUCCCAACGGACCCCCAACAUGCUCUGCCACACCCGCAUCCGAGACAACGCCAACGUGUCCAGGGAGGAGUGGGACUGGAUCCAGACGCUGGCGGCUGCAGGUGAGAAGGAUCGCAGUGAGGAGGACAGCGAGGAGGCGGAGCCUCGGGCAGGAAGCCACGCCCCUUUACUGUACUACGAGCUGCAGACGGCCAUCAAGUCCCUGCUGAAGCACAUGAACCUACCUCUGCACCAGGCCCAGGACUUUCGUCUCUACAGUCAGGAGGUGGUGGAGCUCGGCCAUGGCGUCUCCUUCCUGCUGCUGCUCCCGGCUGCUGAUGAUGUUUGCUCCGCCCCCGGACAGUCCAACCCCUACACCCCUCUAUCGGGGUUCCUCUACCUCCCGCUGCAAAUGUUUGAGCUCGUUCACUUCUGCACCUACAAGGAGAAGUUCAUCAAUCUGUACUGCCGCCUGUCCUCCGUCCUGGACCUGGACUCCCUCAUUACCCAGCAGGCCCUGCGGGAGGCCAUCACUAACAGCGAGGUGACCACAGCCAAGCACAGACAUCAGCUAAUCCUGGACUACAUCCAGCAGCUGGACGAGGUGCGGCGUGACCUCCGUUGGAUCACGGACGCCCUGCAAUACGCCCGCUACAAGCAGCCCCGCGGCGGCGUUCCCAUCACCUGCCUGGUGGACGUCACCGCUCCAGAGAGCGACUCCGGCCAGCAGAAGACUGACUCCACUUCCUCCACCAUGGAUUACCUGCCAACGCCUUCACCCUCACCUGAACACCGCCGAAGGAAACCAAUCAGUGAACCUUUGCUCGGCUCCGAUGAAGACGGGUCCUCCGAGGUGUUCCUGCCCACUGACAGUGACUAUGACUCCAGCGACGCCCUGAGCCCCCGCGAGCUGGACCUGCUCUACUCUCCGGGUCCAGAUCUGUCCCAGCAGGCCGUUCACUCGCUGGGCGGCAGCGCCCCCGACGUCCUGCAGGUUCACGAGCUCAGGUACAGUGUUUGCCCGCCCACAGACGCCCCCACCUCCCUCUCUCCAUCCACAGACUCUCCCCUCUCUGCCCCUAGCCCGCCUCACCCGCCCCCUCGCUCCAGGACCCUCCCCAUGUCCCCAUCUCUACCAUUGUGCCCCAGGUCCUCCAAAGAUCUUUCCCUGUCCUUCCCCCUGUCCCCGGCUCUGUCUGAUACCACCAAGUCUCUGGAGGGUCUCUCCCUUUCCAAAGAGGGCACCGCCCCCCUGAGGACCCCCCCUAACCCCCCAGCUAAACGCAAGCUGCUCUCCAGGAGCCAUCGGGGCCAGUACUUCAGCGGGCCCCAGCGCUGGCUCAAGGGCCACAGCGGAGAGAGUUUCACCGGAUCUCUUUCUGAAGGCGUCUACACCAAACAGCUGGACCCUGACCUGCCUUCACCGGGGGACCUGCCCUCUCCGCAGGGCACCACCUUUGUUAGCCACGCCUCCUGCAUCCUGGAGAGCCGCAAGGGCCGACACCGCAAGCCUCCACCCCACGUUCGCAGGAUCUUCGUGGAGCCUUGCAAGGAGCAGUCGUCGGAGCAGGAAAGGAGAGGCUGCGAGGAGGGGGAGGUGGCCGCAGGUGUGUCGGUGGUUGUAGCUGAGGCAGAGUCUAGAGGAGAGGGGGAGGAUCCCGAGGAAGCCGCCACCCAGGAUGUGGACUCAGAUGACCAAACCAACGCCCAGGUGUCAGAGAUCCUCAGCAGCACACUGUAGUGUCGCCAUGAGGAGGCAGCCAAUCACAGAGAUGAUCUGCCAGCAGCCCUCCGACCUCCACAGAUUCUGUACUAAAGCUGCUGGCUCAUCUGCCACCCAAGGCAUCGACUGUUACCCAGAAAACAAUCAAUGCAACCAGAAAAAGGCAUCGCUUCUCCCACACGGAGGUUUGCACACGACUUGGCACAUCAACCUGAAGAGGUUCAGAUGGAUCGUGGUUCUUUGAAAUUCAGCAACAUUUCUGUACAGAUUUCUUUUGGCCUCAUCCUCAGCAUGAAGUGAAUGUACAGUUGGAUCUGUUUGUUCGUGGUCUCCUGUGGUGACUUUCUGUUGUUCCGACCAGCUCCUGUCAGCUCGUAACGUGGACCAGUCGGCCUGUCGUCAGCUGUAUAUUUGAUGGUUUAAAUACAGACCACUGAUGUAUUUUUGUAUCUCAGAUGGAGUUUGACAUGAGUUGUGUUUUGUUAGCAUGACGUAGCUUGUAGCCGUUGUCUGUUCAGGACGAAGCUUCAUGUCCUGGUUGUGGCCCCUCGAGGUCCAGCAUGAAGACGUCCGCCGGGGUCCGGUCUGCAGUGGGACCCGGUUGUGGCCUCUCGAGGUCCAGCAUGAAGAUGGGGUCCCAUCCGGUUGUGAUGUGCUGUUUUGUUGUUUUUUGUACAGCUUCCUCUCGGUUAUUUCACAGCCGCUGGUGUUUUUUUGUGUUUUAUUUUUACUUCCAACCUUCACCAAAAAGACUGCGAGCAUCUGAUUGGAUGAAAAAGAAGAACGAUGACGUCUCUGCCAACCGAGAGCUGCCUGAAUGUGCGCAGGUUCCUCACACGUAUGCACACAAUUUUAAAUUUCAUUGUUAAUAUUUGCACUUGCAAUUAUGGAAUAAAAGCUAAUUGAAUAUUUGAUGCAACGGGCAUUAUACAGGGCAGCUUCUAUCAGCACCGACUGGAUCGGCAUGUCAGUGUGAAGUACGGACUUGCAGGUUUGUUCAUGUCUGAAUGUGUAACCGUGAUGUCCAAGAGUUCAGCUUUCCAGACUUUCUCGUACCACAUGUUUCUGCUGCAGCUGUGUCUCCAUCUUUAUGGACACUUGAAUUUUCUUGUUGAGAUGAAACAACUUUCUGACUCGUAAGAAUGAUUGACAGCUCAAAGUUUACGAAUAAACCCAGAAAAGAAAUUUCUCUUUCAAACCUCGGCUGUUUUUUAUUGGAGAAUGUAGAUGUAUAAAAGGUUUUCACCCCGCAGGUCCUUCAUGUUACUGAAAACCGUCUCGAUGUUUCCGAGUUCGUUCAGCCAGAAUCUACUUCAAUAAACUUUAUUUUGAAUCCA